UGGUGACUUUACCGAAAGAACCAAGAAUAUGAAUCCCUUUUUAACACGUAGGCUUUCGCCCUGCAGUCACGAAAGCUUUAAAUCAAAAGAUGCCAUCUGGUCGAAAGCCUGCGUGAGGGUGGAUAUUUCCGGCGGCAGGAUGGCAAGAAAUGCUGCAAGGGCAUCGUCGCCGAGGGCAGCAGGCAACGCCCACAGCGCCUCCGUCUCCGUCCAUCCCGCCAGUCGCCACUGGUAGCCGCGAACUCCUUAAUGAAGGGAAGCCGAUGUCGGAGAGCCGGGAUGUCCAUCGGCGCCGACGGCGCGCCUUAAAUUUUGGCGGGCUGUGCGCUCCGGGCCGGCGACAAAAUUGCGGCCAAAAGCGCGGGCUGUGCCGCCGAGUUUCCAGCCCUGUUGCGAAAUGGCGGAUGGGUCGCCGUCCACGAGCAGCGUCGCCACUCCGUCCUUCACCGGCGAGACCGAUGGGGUGAUAUCCGUGAGGAGCGAGGCCGCAGCGUGGAGGAGCUCUGCGAGGCGACCGUGCGCCUCCCGGAGGGACGCCUCCGCCGACGGCAAAGCAUCGAGUGGCCGGCUGGCGUCCUGCUCCGCUGGCAGCGUCUCCACCGCAUCCUCCGAAGCUGUAGGCGGCACGAGGUUCUCGCUGUCCGACGUCCUGAAUAAAUGACAUGGAGCAGAGACUGAAUACAACACCCGCUGCUAGAAGGCACCAAUGCGACCAGUCUCCAUAUGGCACGAAUGCCACUGGACACAUGAAUCUGCAACAGAAAUUGCACACGACCAAGAAGCCCUUCAAGUGCACGGUGUGUGAAAAGUCAUUUGGACAGUCAUCACAUCUUAAAGAUCACCAGAGAAUACACACAGGGGAGAAACCCUUCAAGUGCAAUGUGUGUGGAAAGGCAUUUGCAGAGUCAGGAAGUGUUCAGAAACAUCAGCGAACACACUCAGGAAAGAAGCCCUUCAAGUGCACUGUGUGUGAGAAGGCAUUUAGACAGUCAUCACAUCUUCAAAUUCACCAGAGAACACACACAGGCGAGAAGCCCUUCAAGUGUACAGUAUGUGGGAAGGCAUUUGCAGUAUCAGGCAGUUUUCAGACACAUCAGAAAACACACUCAGGCGAGAAGCCCUUCAAGUGCACUUUGUGUGAGAAGGCAUUUAAACUGUCAUCACAUCUUAAAAUUCACCAGAUAACACACACAGGUGAGAAGCCCUUCAAGUGUACUGUGUGUGGUAAAGGGUUUACACAAUCAGGAUCUCUUACUGCUCACCAGAGACAACACACGGGCGAGAAGCCCUUCAAGUGCACUCUGUGUGAGAAGGCAUUCAAACUGUCAUCAUAUCUUCAAAUUCACCAAAGAACACACACAGGCGAGAAACCCUUCAAGUGUACUGUGUGUGGUAAAACCUUUACACAAUCAGGGUCUCUUAUCGUUCACCAGAGACAACAUACAGGCAAGAAGCCCUUCACAUGCACUAUCUGUGGAAAUGCUUUUGCAGAGUCAGAAAGUUUACAAAAACAUCAAAGAACACACACAGGCAAGAAGCCCUUCAAAUGCACUGUGUGUGAGAAAGCAUUUGGGGUGUCAGCAUAUCUUCAAAGACACCUGAAAACACACACAGGCAAAAAGCCCUUCAAGUGCACUGUGUGUGGGAAGGCAUUUGCACGAUCAGAAGGCCGAAAUAGACAUGAGAAGACACACAAGGAGACGGAGGUGGAAUCGAGAAGUGAACGUGAACGUGCUGAAUUUAGCCCAUUUCGCAUGGAACAAGAACCAGAAGGCAUCCCCAGUUUUGAAACAUGGCCAGGAGUGAAGGUGGAAUGUGAAGACGUGAAGUUGGAGUAUGAAGAAGUGAAGGUGGAAUAUGAAGAAGUGAAGGUGGAAUAUGAAGAAGUGAAGGUGAAAAGUGAAAAUGAAGAUUCAACUCCAGAACCCGACGUCCAGAUGGAUGGAGGCAGCGUGAAGCAGGAGGAUGAUUCAGACUGAGGGAGAGUGAGGCAACCCCCAGGAGUUGUACAUGUGGAGGUGCGAGUGGAGUUUUUGGGGGAGUAGUGGUGUAGUGGUUAGCGAACUGCUGUACAAACCUUGAUGACCCAAGUUCGAUUCCCGUUCAGGUCCACCAAUACGUGUGUUGAUUAUCUGAACCGGUCCUGGGCCUCCCCUAGGUCGAUUCAGCCUAACAUGAGUACC